ACAGCGCACCUGUACUUUACAUCCGGGACUUUAGUUUGAAAUUUGAUGCAGAAAUAGACAGGAUUUUUAAAAAUUCUCCAUGAAAAACGGAAUAUCCGUGGUAGUACGCUAGUCUUCAGGUAUUAAAUAUUAUCACACUGAAGAGGAGUUCCGAAAGGACAACUUCACACGACAUCAUAUUGUAUUUUAGUCGUUCUAUGUAAGAUAUACGCCUAUCGAAAUAAACAAUCGUUGAAAAAUGGGGUGUGCAGUUUCGUCUGAAGACAAAGUUGCCCAAGAACGAUCAAAACAGAUCGACAAAAGCUUAAGGGCAGAUGGAGAAAAAGCAUCAAGAGAAGUCAAGCUUUUACUUUUAGGGGCUGGUGAGUCUGGAAAAAGUACCAUUGUGAAACAGAUGAAAAUUAUACAUGAGAAAGGUUACUCACAGGAAGAAUGCUUACAGUACAGGCCAGUGGUUUACAGCAACACAGUGCAAAGUAUGAUUGCCAUCAUUAGAGCCAUGGGACAACUUAAAGUAGACUUUGGACACUCCGAUAGAGCGGAUGAUGCCAGGCAACUGUUUGCCUUGGCCAGUCAGGCUGAGGAUGGUGAAAUGUCUAAAGAAUUGGCAGAUAUUAUGAAGAGGUUAUGGAAAGAUUCUGGUGUCCAAGAAUGCUUCGGUAGAUCUCGAGAAUUCCAAUUGAAUGAUUCUGCAGAAUACUAUUUGAAUUCAUUAGAUCGUAUCUCAACACCUGGAUACAUCCCAACAGAACAAGAUGUCUUACGUACCAGGGUGAAAACAACUGGUAUUGUAGAAACACACUUCACAUUCAAAGACCUACACUUUAAAAUGUUUGAUGUGGGAGGACAAAGAUCUGAGAGAAAGAAAUGGAUCCAUUGUUUUGAGGGAGUAACAGCUAUCAUCUUUAUUGUGGCCAUGAGCGAGUAUGACUUAACACUAGCAGAAGAUCAAGAAAUGAACCGAAUGAUGGAGAGUAUGAAACUGUUUGACUCCAUCUGUAACAAUAAAUGGUUUACAGACACGUCAAUCAUCCUCUUUUUGAACAAGAAAGAUUUAUUCGAAGAAAAAAUUAAGAAAUCCUCUCUUACUAUCUGUUUCCCAGAAUAUGCUGGAUCCCAGACUUAUGAAGAAGCAGCUGCCUAUAUCCAGAUGCAGUUCGAAAACUUAAACAAACGAAAAGAUACAAAAGAAAUCUAUACUCACUUCACAUGUGCUUGUGACACGAACAACGUACAGACUGUGGGCUGUUUUAAAUCAGAUUUCAAGAACAAAGACUGAAGGUGAACUCAACACAACACUAAGACAUACCACCAUCAAUAGUGGGACAACACUACAUCAUGAUCCAGCAUGGAUUUUGCCAAUCUCACUAUGGAUUAAAGUUAAUCUACUGAUCUAUAUGUGUACUCUCUGAUAAUCCACCCAUAACACACAUACACACACAUGUACUGAAUGUCUAUCUCUCUACUACACACUUUGUGGAUACCUUGUCUAUCAGACUGCUUGGACACUUUGUGAAUAUCUCGUUUAUCAGUCUACAUUGGCAUAGAUAAAGACUCUGUAGGAGCCAACAACAAAUUAUAAAUUAUACUAGAUGAAUCCAUGGCAGUCAUAGCCAGGGUAUCAUCAGCGAGACAUUAUCAUAAAUUUGGGAUUAAAGCAUGUUUAGAGGAAUCGAUCAUUGUUAAAGACCAAGAGACUGAUCAUCUUGUGUAGAAGAUUUGAGUGUGAACCUCAACUGCAAUACUCCUACACAUAUAACUACAAGCAGCAUGUACAAUACUUAUUAUACAAUACUUGUUUUAUUAUACAAUACUUGUAUUAUUAUUACCAAUUGAACUAAUCUUGAAGUUCUACAAACCUUGGAAUAACAAUUCAAAAUAUACAUUUCUGUGUGUCAAUCGUAUGAAUGUGACUAAAAUCUGCUUCUUCUUUACUUGGAUAACAAAGAUGUGUAUGAAACGGAGAUCUUUAUGUCAAGGAGGUUGAAGUAGAUACUGGAAAGCAUAAUGCCAGGAUGGAUGUGUGAUGUACAAGUGGUCUAGUUCUAAUCAUAUUGCCUUAUAUCUAAACUUAAAUCUAUUUAAUAGACCCUUCACCUGGGACAGAAGCUGUGUCUCAAUAUGUACAAGUUACAAGCUAUGUGCUCUAAAGAUUGGUGAGAAAAAAUCUAGGCAAUCAAAUGAUUUUUAAUCUGAUAUUAUGAUUUAUAUGAUCUCCAGUGGGUCACGUUGUCAAGUUUUUUGUCAUUUAGACUAUCACAAUGCUCUAAUUUUACUGGAGCAUUUUAUGGAUGUGAUGGUGUUUAUCUCAUUGAAUAUUUGAAUUUAAAAUUUAGGCCUAAUGCCACUUUUUCAAUAUUCAUGGUAUUUUGCUAGAUUUUUAUGACCACGAGGAUAUUUCAAGGACUUUUACUAAAAGUUACUGAAUAUGAAAUAACAGGUCAUCUCCUAAGAUCACAAUUCAAAAGAUUAAAAUCUCAUUUAUUGAGAGAAAUCUCGAAGUUGACAUCAUUAUGGAGAUGUCCAAGAUUAUCAUAUUUAGAAAUUAUUACGUCGUGGUUGUUCGAUGAGAAUGAUCAAUUUGUCCCGGGCUGCACGUGGGGGCGCAGCUGGUGUGGUUAGUUGUAACAUCUUGUCACAAUUACCACACUUAACCAGGCAAAUUGUGAUGUUAUAUUCCAUCAACGUGCAAGAUAUCAUGAUUUUUCAAUUGAUUUUGUGAUGAUUGUUUACAUCUUAGCUGACAAAUGGGUUACAUAAGUGGCUAUAUUUGUUUUGGCUUGUGUGACGUAUUUGUGUCAGACAUGAUAAAUUAUUAAUCGAAACAAUCAAUAGACAGCCAAUUGUGUUGCUAUCUGGGGCAACUUUCAAAUCCUAUCAUGUAUUUUAGUAUCUUCAAGCCUUAUUGUACAGCUAUAGUCUAGGUAACGAUAUUAAUCUGAACUGGAUAUGUAUUUUUGUUGAAUAUUUAGAAACUGUACUGACUUCGAUACAAUACUGUGUUGUGCAUGUAUAAAGAUUAAAAUUGUAAAAUGUUAUUAUUGUAAAAGUAAGUCAAUAAUUUAAUUGUGAACAAAAAAAUGAAUAUUUUAUUUUUAGAUAUUAUGAACCGAUGACGGCGUUUAUUAUCCCAUUGGACUAACAUUGAAUGGGAUACCUAUUUAAUUGAAAUUCCAUUUCAACCUAAGACAACCCCAUUUUUUAGAAAAAAAAUGUGUAUUAUAAAUACGGUAACCCAUUUAUGACAAAGAAAUCCAUUUUAUAAUAUAAUCUAUAAAUCCAUUUUUGAUGACUUUUUAUUGGUAUUUUUGAGGAGGCACUU